AGAUAUAGAGACAGCCGACAGACACCGCCACCACCUUUCCUUGCCAGAGAAACAGACAUAUAUACUCCACCACUGUUGCUCUCAAAAUGGCCACAUUGCAACUGCCCAACCGGGGCAAGAAGGAGAGUGGCAACGUCACAAAGGCCGUUAUACUGGUCGGUGGACCAUCUCGCGGAACCCGUUUUCGUCCAUUGUCGCUGGAUCUGCCCAAGCCACUUUUCGAAGUCGCAGGCCAUCCCAUCAUCUCUCACUGCUUCGCCGCUGUCGCCAAAGUCGAUGAGAUCCGUGAAGUCUUCCUCGUCGGUUACUACGAGGAGGGUGUCUUCAGAGACUUCAUCAAGGACUGUUCACGCACCCACCCGCAUAUCAGCAUCCGCUACCUGCGCGAAUACCAGGCCCUCGGAACCGCCGGUGGUCUCUACCAUUUCCGCGAUGCUAUCCUCAAAGGUCGUCCUGAUCGCUUCUUCGUCUUGAACGCCGACGUCUGUUGCUCCUUCCCGCUCGAGCAAAUGUUGAAGCUGUUUGAAGAGAAGGAUGCUGAGGCGGUCAUUUUGGGUACUCGCGUCUCGAACGAUGCCGCGAGCAAUUUCGGAUGCAUCGUGAGCGACGCUCAUAGCAAGCGAGUGUUGCAUUACGUGGAAAAGCCAGAGUCACACAUCUCCAAUCUCAUCAAUUGUGGAGUAUAUUUGUUCUCGACCGAGGCUAUCUUCCCAAGCAUCAAGAGCGCCAUCAAGCGGCGAAGCGACCGUCCACGCUUGGUCUCAUACCCAUCCUCGGAAGCCUUGCCCCUGGAUUACCCAGCGGACCAAGAUGAGGAUGGUGAGAAGAACGAGGUCAUUCGGUUGGAGCAGGAUAUUUUAUCAGACCUGGCCGACAGCCGACAAUUCUUCGUCCUCGAAACGAAAGACUUCUGGCGUCAGAUCAAGACUGCUGGCUCUGCUGUUCCUGCCAACGCAUUGUACCUCACGAAGGCGUUCCAAACACAAUCUGAAGAGCUUGCGAAGCCAUCGGCCAACAUCCUUCCGCCAGUCUACAUCCACCCGAGCGCGCGCGUCGACCCUACAGCAAAACUCGGUCCAAACGUGUCGGUUGGAGCCCGUGCUGUCAUUGGCGCAGGAGUGCGCAUCAAGGAAUCCAUCGUCCUCGAAGAUGCAGACAUUCGCCAUGAUGCCUGCAUUCUCUACUCUAUCAUCGGUUGGGGCAGUCGCAUUGGCGCAUGGGCGAGAGUGGAGGGAACACCUACGCCAGUACGCGAGCACAGCACAAGCGUCGUCAAAAACGGCGUCAAGGUGCAGAGCAUCACCAUCCUGGGCAAGGAAUGUGCCGUCGCAGACGAGGUGAAGGUGCAGAAUUGCGUAUGCCUACCUUUCAAAGAGUUGAAGCGCGACGUCGCUAACGAGGUCAUUAUGUAAAUACGAUCGCCGGCCGCACGAGCAAGCUCAUCGGCGCGCCAUUGCGCGCUGACUAUUCUACCCACCGCUGCAGCGGCUCGUUAUCCUCCCGAUUUGUGGCUCG